GCGGGGCCGGGGCCGCAUGGGGCGCCCGCGCGGCCCGCUCCUGUGGCUGCUGCCGCUGCUCGCGGCUGCCUGCUCGGGGAUCCUCGUCGCCCUGUACUGCUCGGCAGCGAGGCCGUACCCGGGGCCCCGGGCCGGAGCCAGGAACACCACAUCGUCUCGGGGAUUCUUUGGACACAAGGCAUCAAAUGCUGGAAUGAGAAAGAACCCGCACUGCCGACGCCCACUUGACCUGGCCAUCCAGAGGCACCCCCACUUCCGUGCCCUGUUCGAUCUCUCCACUCCAGUGCUGCUAUCGGGGAGCCUCUUCACUCAGGAGCUCUGGGACAGCCUGAGCCAGCACAAAGCCCCCUACGGCUGGCAGGGCCUGUCCCACCAAGCCAUUAACUCCACCCUGAGCCUCCUGAACGGCUCCGAGAGCUCCCAGCUGUUCGCCGCCUCCAGGAAGCCGCUUUCAAGCUGCAUUCGGUGCGCGGUGGUGGGGAACGGGGGCAUUCUGAACGGUUCCCGCCAGGGUCUGAACAUCGACGCCCAUGACUACGUGUUCAGACUCAACGGCGCGGUGAUCAAAGGCUUCGAGAAGGAUGUGGGCAACAAGACCUCCUUUUACGGUUUCACUGUGAACACGAUGAAAAACUCUCUCAUCUCCUACUGGAACUUUGGCUUCACCUCCGUGCCGCAAGGACCGGACCUGCGCUACAUCUUCAUCCCCUCGGACAUCCGCGAUUAUGUGAUGCUGAGAUCGGCCAUUCUGGGCGUGCCUGUCCCCGAGGGCCCUGAUAAAGGCGACAGGCCUCAGACCUAUUUCGGACCAGAAGCCUCUGCCAGGAAAUUCAAGCUACUACAUCCGGACUUCAUCAGCUACCUGAGGGAGAGGUUUUUGAAAUCAAAGUUGAUUAACACAAAUUUUGGAGACCUAUAUAUGCCUAGUACUGGGGCUCUCAUGCUGCUGACGGCUUUGCACACCUGUGACCAGGUUAGUGCCUAUGGAUUCAUCACAAGCAACUACUGGAAAUUUUCUGACCACUAUUUCGAGCGAGUUAAGAAGCCACUGAUAUUCUAUGUCAACCACGACCUGUCCCUGGAAGCCUCCCUGUGGAGGGACCUGCACAAGGCCGGCAUCCUUCAACUGUACCAGCGCUGA